AUGGCGUCCCUGCAAAUUCAGAGUGCUUAUACAUUCCUCGCAUUCCCUGCCGAGCUCCUAGACAAGAUCGUCUAUGAGUUAUCCCAGACAGACUUAUACUACUGGUCCCUAACCUGCACCAAAUUCUCAAAGAGGAUCCUGCCGAUCUUAUACAAGCUAGACCUGGGAAUAGACCCGUACAAGAAAGAUCGUGAGGAACCCUACGGAUGCUACAGAUCUCUAGCAUGGGCAUGUCAACAAGGAAUAAGGGGUACCUUCGAAAUGGCACGCAAAUCGGGAGCAGAUCUAAACUAUUUCUUCGAGCUUCAGUCCGGAUUAUUAGACCAAUCAUUUCUAUCUCCUUUGCAAGUUGCGCUCGUCUAUGGACACGAAGAUCUCGCCGAGUGUCUUAUUGAGGCUGGGGCAGACGUUACUGCUAUCGCCUCCUGCAACGGCAAUUAUUCGGCUAUGCACUUUGCAACAUCCGUCUCGAUGGUCAACCGAUUACACGCUGCUGGCUGGACCCCCGAAAUUCAUCGCCUUCAUGUGCCUUACAGAUCUGUGAUAUGGUGGAUGCUACAGAGAGGCGCGGAACUUGACGCUAUGGAGGCUGCCCUCGACCUUGGCGUCUCCGUUGACGAUGAAGGCUGUGGUCUUUCGAUGUUGCAUGCUUGCGGGGCCCAUAGACUGGACGUAGUGCGUCUCCUACUAAGCCGAGGCUUUCGCUUUGAGGACCAGUCUAUUCUUGAAGAAAACUCAGUAAUCGGCAUUCCAGGAGUAUGCGAGCAACUCUGUCUAACACUCGCGCUCCAACGUGCUGUACUUGAGACGAGGGAUGCAUCCAACACGACAGAAUUGAUCCGACUGCUUCUCGAGGUGUACGUAAACUCCGGAAAAUUAGACUAUCGCAGCGAGAUUACCUGGCUGGUCUUGGCGACAGGCUCUGGCAUACCACUUGCAGUGCGCUCUCUCCUUUGGGAUUCCCUGGUCGUCCAAUGUGGUCUACCGCAGAGCUCCGAUCUUGCAGAAACUUGGGAGAAGGAGACCGUUGGUUAUAUUAUGGAUAUGUUACACGACAUCUUGACCGGUGACGACGGCGUCGUAGAGCUUCUGCACGGAAACCUCAGGUCUAUCCUUCGGUCUAUAGGGUUCUGUCUUCGGGCCGAGGGGGGCUUCGACUGGGUCCGCGUCCAGCCUCUAGUCAAGACGUUGAUACGGGGGAGCCACGAGCACAUCGAUAUCGUCUGUACGUAUCCGACCCACUUCACGAACCUCUAUCUCAGUAAGAAUGACGAAGCCCUCACGCUCGAACUUAUCGGUAUCCUACUCAAGAACGGCGCAGAUGCGGAGGCUAAGCUUGGUGACGAGGAGUACGGCGCGGAUCUGUUGCACCGUUCUGUUGGCAUAGGGGCCAUCGGACGAGUAAAGGUGCUCACCGAUUAUGACGCUAGAAUCGACCCCCCUACCUUACAAGAGAUGGAGUAUCCGAUCAUGUUCGUACGAGACGAUUUGGACGAGGAAUUGCGGAUUAAAAUGGACAAGGCACAGAAAGAAAUUGCCCAAUUUCUAAAUCUGAAAAGGAAGGGGUUAAGAAAGAAACCUGGUAGUUCGUAA